AGCUCGGGCUAACCCGUGUCACGUGAUCUGAUUAGUGAACGCAGCCCCUUUCACUAGUGAGGGUAAUAAUUAUGGGAUGGCCUACAUCCCAACCUUAACAUUGCUCAUGCUACAGAACACCAUAAUUGGUAGAGAUGAUUUCACAACAAACAUGCUCUUGUAGGUGUAAUAUAACAAAAGCUGCCUAAGUAUUUAUAGGUGAAUUAAAAUAGAUAGCCUAUUAGGUCUUAACAAUACAGGGACUAGUUUUUGGUUGCUUAAAUUGCAAUGAUUAAAAAUAUUCUCAAGUAAAAAAAUGAAUAGAAUAAUAAAAAAAUAAAAAUCCUGAUAUAGCUCUAGUCAUUGCGCAUGGUGAAUGCUAAGAGCAAAUUUGCUAGGUAGAUGAAAGAUCAAUUUACUCGUUUCCAAAAAUAAAAACGACGUCACUAGACUUGUACCGCCACGGACAGGGAACAGAGUGUGUUAAAAAUAAUGUCAGCAUGCCAUCCCGAUUGCCCGUGACGUCAAAGGAGCACGCCUUCGGAGGCGUGACCGCGAGCGCUGCGCGUCGCCAGGGACGUCACAGUGUAGCCGGAAGUAGCGGACGCUGCCUUGUUGUCAGGGAACAUCAAAACAAGACGCCGCCGCGCAUCUUCAAGCACUUAACGUUAUCUGCACCACUGACACAUGAGGCUUGUUCAUUAACGGUUACUGGAAAUAUCAGCUGAAGAUUCAGACAUGUCAAGUAUGGAAAAACAUCUUUUCAACCUCAAGUUCGCCGCCAAAGAGCUAGAACGUAAUGCAAAGAAAUGUGACAAAGACGAGAAGGCUGAAAAAGCUAAAGUGAAAAAGCAUUAAGAUUUCAUUUCACUGGGGACCCAGCCCAAACAUGUUCCAGCAUGACAGCACCCUUGUGCACAAAGCGAGGUCCAUGAAGACAUGGUUUGCUACGACUGAGGUAGAAGUACUCGAGUGGCCUGCACAGAGCCCUGACCUCAACCUCACUGAACACCUUUGUGACGAAUUGGAAUGCGGACUGAGCACCAGGCCUCUUCGCCCAGUAUCAGAACCUGACCUGACUAAUGCUCUUGUGGGUGAAUGACCAAAUCCCCACAGCCACAGAAAGCCUUCCUAGAAGAAUGGAGGGUAUUAUAACAGCAAAGACUAAAUCUGGAAUGGCUAUACAAAAAGGUAACAUGGAGGUAGCACGUAUACAUGCUGAAAAUGCAAUCCGACAGAAGAAUCAGUCAAUCAACUUUCUCCGCAUGAGUGCUCGAGUGGAUUCAGUGGCUGCUCGAGUCCAAACUGCUGUUACCACUGAUAAGGUCACCAAGUCCAUGGCAGGUGUGGUUAAGUCUAUGGAUGCUACACUGAAGAGCAUGAACUUGGAAAAGACUUCCUCUCUUUUGGACAAGUUUGAGCGCCAGUUUGAAACAUUGGAUGUGCAGACAGCACAGAUGGAAGACACAAUGGGCAGCACAACCACACUGACCAUGCCUCAGAAUGAAGUGGAGUCUUUAAUGCAGGAAAUGGCAGAUGAAGCUGGGUUGGAUCUGAACAUGGAGCUGCCUCCAGGACAGACAGGUUCUGUUGGCACCAGUGUAGCAACAGCUGAACAGGAUGAGCUUUCUCAGAGACUGGCCAGACUACGAGACCAAAUAGAGUGAUGUCAACGUUUAUGUACAUGGGGAAGAUGAUGUAAGGAGUAUAUGUGACUGCCCGCCAGUAGAAAGGUACUGGCUCAUGAAAAGCAUUAAAGCUGACUUGUGCAAAUAAGUACACACCUCUUUGCCUCAUGAUGGCGCUAAUGAGAAGGAACCUGCAGAUCACACAAUGGUGAGAGGGAGAUUCCUCGUGUCUUUCCUUGGUAUCAAGAACUGUACAAGGGAUGUGCAAUGGAAAAUAUUUGCACUGCGUGUUUUGUCCUUCCACUGUGUUUAGCAUAUGUAUAUUUUCAUCUAUACAACUAUAUGACUGAAGAAAGUGCAGACAUUUGCCAUGAUUAUGCUGCUUAUAAAUACAUUAUGUAUGAAAUGCUGGAUGUUGAAAAUGUUGCACUGGCUAAUGCUUUGCAGUGGCUAAAUGUUAAAAAAAUAUUUGUAUUGGGAUUAAAUCUGUUCUUAAAGAAUGGUUCCAUGUUUCUUAAAAAAAAUUCUCUGAUGUUAGUAUGAAGCAUCUCAAACAGUAUUGAAGCAAUUCUCUAGACAAAACUUCUAACUGGAAUUGCAUUGGUAUUAUCAUAUCAUUGGUAUUAUCAUAUCAUAAUCAUAUUCCAUUAUUUCAGGUUUAUAUGCAUUUGUACGUAUAAGAUCUGUUUCCCUGUUACUGUGCUUUAAAUGGUGAUUUUACAACUGCUGGUUUAUUUAUUACUGCAUCUUACUAAAAUUUAAUUCAGUUCAAACUGCUUAAUAAACUACUAAUUUGCACGCCACAGAACUUGACCUAUUUUUUUUUUUUUGCUCUUUUUUAUAUACUGAAAUA